AAGUACAGCCGCUCUUGUGCAACCAACACCACCACCUCCUCCACUGAUUCACAGACUUCAAAUUCCCCCACAAGCAGCCCAUCAGCUUCCACGGUGAUCAGAUUAAUAACAACAAUAGCCUGUGAUCACACAGGAGGAGAUAACCGGCGCUGCUCGUCCUCCGCGGGAUACUUGGAUAGCUACAGCAACAGGAUCCAUCCCUGCUCCUUUCUCCUUUUUUCACGCCUGAUCCACACCUGUGUUUUCCACUUUGAGAACACCCGCUGCUUUUGUGUAGCUACUUGGAUACCUGCGCGCUGUCCUUUAUAGCCUAAAUGACGGACUGAAUAUAACUGCUAUGACAGGGAAACUAGCGGACAAGCUCCCUCUUACCAUGAGCAGUUUAAUAAAUACGAUCCCUGACAGUCUCUACCCAGAAGAGGACAUCCCGACGUCUAUGAAUAUUUUCACCAGUACGGAAUCUAUUAACCACUAUUCACAGAUGAACACAGAUAAUAUCAUGGAUCUGGGCAUGGGGAGUGAGAAAGGAACAGGAGAGAUUCAGUAUGGAUCCAGCUUCCAGUCCAACCGCAGCGGGCAGACUGUCACCUAUCUGGGGAAGUUUGCCUUUGACACUCCUCCAUCAGGUGGCAUUAGUGGUUCCGGCUGGUGCUCUGAUAACAAUAUCAUCAGCCUUGUCAGUGCAGGAAUCCUGGGCGUUUCGCCAUCACCCGGUACAGUAACGACGCAGACAUCAUCCUCCGCAGCCAGCAUGGGCGGACAGACAUCAGAUAUGGAGCAGGUAUACGGUCCGCCACUGCCUGCCUAUUCCACCUGCAGUGACCUGUACCAGGAUCAGGUCUCCUUCCACCACAGCCCUGCCACCAGCACGGCUCUAGCCUACCCUGCCAAUGACUAUCAUUCUACAUCCAAAGCCUCCAUGGAUGGCAGCCUUUUCUCCAUGAUCCCUGACUACAACCUUUUCCAUCAUCAAGGGGAGGUUGGCGUGAUGGAGCACAAGCCCUUCCAGACCAUGGACCCCAUCCGAGUCAACCCUCCACCUAUCACACCCCUGGAGACCAUCAGAGCGUUCAAAGACAAGCAGCAGAUUCACCCAGGUUUCAUUGGUGGGCAGCAGCACCCUCCUCAACACCACCCACCGCCACAGACUCUGACGCUCAAGCCCAUCCGACCACGGAAGUACCCCAACCGACCCAGCAAAACCCCUGUCCACGAACGGCCUCACGCCUGUCCGGCAGAGAACUGUGACAGACGCUUCUCGCGCUCAGACGAGCUCACACGUCAUCUUCGAAUCCACACAGGUCACAAACCUUUCCAGUGCCGAAUAUGCAUGCGCUCCUUCAGCCGGAGUGACCACCUGACCACACACAUCCGCACACACACGGGCGAGAAACCCUUCUCCUGUGAGUUCUGUGGACGCAAGUUUGCCAGGAGCGAUGAGCGAAAGAGACACGCUAAGGUUCACCUGAAACAGAAGGACAAGAAGCCAGCUGACAAAGGUAGUGGGGCAGCUGGGAGCCACAGCUCGCCGCCCAGCUCCUGUGGGGGGCCAACAGUGGGAACAUCAUGACCGUCACUACGUGCACUUGGACUGGACCUUCACCAUGCCCC